UGACUUUUGACCAUGCGAGAUGGGGGCAGAGAGCCGAUGGAAAUGAAGGAUAUCCUGACGGUCAGUAGUCAGCGCAUCUUGAAAUCCCAAAUUUGAAGGAAGCGUACUGAGCUAGUAAAGACGGAGAAGAUCCUGGUGCAUGGUGGACAGCGCGGUCAAGCAAGAGGAUAUCGGUGGCAGUUCUCAGAAUUGUUCAUAUUCAUGACGAUUCCGCGAAAGAGCGUUGGAACCAUGAUUGCGGAUAUGAAUUCAAUAUACUUGAGUGACUGAAUCAGAUCUCUUGUGGGCUCUCGAAAAACGUCACGUGUCUAACGAGUCUUCCGUAUCCCAGCCAUUGUCACUUCAACAAUCACAUUCGUGGACCGCCGCUCACGAUCUAUACGCCCAGUUUUACGGAGAUGGUUGCCCUUUGGCUGCCGGUCCAAAGUCUGACGCCCCAUUCCGAUUGGUCCGCCAGUGCUCAAACUGUUUGUGAUGCAAGAAGUCUCGGAACUCGUCCUGCUUCAGAUUGGCGCGAAAUUCGGCGUGCUGUAACAACUCAAGAUGGUGUAGAGCAUGAGGGUAGCUGCACGACAUCAGCACCAGAUGUAGUCAUCCAAGCAAGGCAGAAGCCGUACUGAAUGAAGCGCGCGUAGUCCUUUUCUUUGAAAUACAUCAGAUACUUCAGGUAGUUCACGAAAGCAGGCUGAUCCAGAAUGUUCUGCUGAGCUAGCGAGUGCAGGUAGUAUGGGUUCGCCAGCGCUUGCAGGAACUCCAGCUCAAGCUCGAACCGGGCCCGAUUAACAGCCUUCGGAUCGGAGUCUAGAAAUGGAGUGAAGAUGGGACCAGAACAGUUGCAGAACCGACGUGCCGGCUGGACUGGUGUCCAUUCGUGGUCGACGUAGCUGCCUGAGAGUGAUUGGCGCGCUACGAGUACUUUCGGGUGUCACUGUCACGAUCGCGAAACAGAUUUCGUCACGUGGGAGGGACGCGUCAACGCUCUCGAUUUCUCGCCAACCGACCUCAGCUCAUCUCGUGGUCGUGAGUGAAAGGCCGUACAACUGUCAUAAGAGAACCCAGAGAACUCUGCGUGUCAACUGAAUCUCAAAUAACAUCAUGGCUGAAGACUCGAACGGUUGGCAACUUACAGAGUCUGACCCUGGAGUGUUCACAGAGCUGCUGAAAUCCCUCGGCGUCCCGUGCAUAGUCGACGAUCUAUACUCGCUCGAUUCGGACUCUCUGGCAGCGCUCCAACCCCUUCACGCGCUUAUAUUCCUCUUCAAAUGGGUGUCGCCCUCAGGGGAGGACUCCAAGAUACAAGGAGACUAUGAUCCGGAUUUCUCUGGCUUCUUUGCGCAUCAAGUGGUGAACAACGCGUGUGCCACUCUCGCUGUCAUGAACGCGCUCGGCAACAUUCCGGCUCUCGCCUGCGGGCCACAGUUGACUGAGUUGCUCGGCUUCACAACUGGAAUGGAUGCCCAAACGCGUGGCCUCGUGAUUACUGGAUCGGAUUGGCUGCGAGAGUACCACAACUCUCUCUCGCCUCCGAGCGCGAUUUCAUUAGACGGAUUGGGAUUGUCGAAGACAUCCGAAGACGCCUAUCAUUUCGUUGUGUAUCUCCCUUACAUGGGUUCUCUGUACGAACUGGACGGUCUCAAACAAUAUCCUGUGCGUCAUGGGUCGUACGAUGAGGAUGGCGAGGGCUGGCUGAAAAAAGCGCGGGAAACUAUCGAGGGUCGGAUAGCAACAUAUCCGGCGGGCGCGCUCGAAUUCAGUCUUCUCGCUCUCCGUGACGACCCGCUUCCGAAGCUGGAAGCACAGCUGAGCGCUCUCCAAGCCUCGAAUCGGCACUCCGAAGCAGCGGAGAUCGUUGUGAAGAUUUCGACAGAAACUUUGAAACGCGAGCGCUGGCAGUUUGAAAAUAGCCUCCGGAAACACAACCACUUCGGUCUGGUGCAUGCUCUGGUGGUUGCCUUGGCGAAGGCCGGGAAGCUGGACAGGGCACAAGAGUCAGCCAAAACAAUGAUGAGGGAGAGGAUCGCGGCUCGGAAAGGGAAAGGGAUGGAUAUGGAUGAUUAGCACAGAUUUGUUGCGAAUCUGGAUCUGUAAACCUCGCGCACUUUUGGAGCAAACCGACAGCGCGAAUCCCUGAGUAAGCACGCCCGGGAUGCCGCCACCGUGUGGAGUAGAGGGAAAUCCGCGCCAUGUCAUAAGCUAGAUGACAAAGUACAGGGA